GGAAUGCAUGUAUAUAUUGAAUACGCGAACCGAAUGGCAAAGUGAGACGACUAGAAUGCAUUUUGAAAGUGGCGUUCGUAUGGGAAUCGGAACUUUCAAUUUGAUGAUUUCACACAUGCCAUCAAAAGUGCUGAAAUUACUUGAAUUUGUGGGCUUUUCUGGUGAUAGGGCUCAAGGGUUUGCCGAAUUAGAGCAGUCAACACAAAUGACUGAUGGCCUCAGAUGUCCAUUGGCUGCCCUUAUUAUGCUUGUCUAUCAAACAUAUAUUGAACACAUUUUUGGUUUAGGAGAAGGAGAUCUGGAUUGUGUCGAAAAUUUAUUGGAUUAUUGUUUAAAAAGCGCAUUCUUCCUCUUAUUCCUGGGAAGACUGGAACAGCUAAGAGGAAACAUUGAU